AUGGCCACCAUUGUAUCCUCAGCAGCUGGCCCACCACCACCACCACCACCACCUCCUCCUCUUCCCCCAAACUGGAAGCCAACAGACCGGCCCUACCUGGCAAAUCACGCGAAGACCAAGCGGCGAAAGAAGGACGAGAAGGCCCAAAAGAAGGCCACGCACAAUGCCAGGGUCUCCACGGUAUGGCGUCUAUUACACCAGCAAGGAACCACGCCAGACGUUGUGAAAGGCUCCCAAGCGUGGGUCACGCAGGCGUCGUCGCGCUGCGGCCAAGUGGGCUGCGGCCGAGCAACAGGCUGCAGCGGCUUUGGAGAAAGCGGGUACUCGUUUGUGGACCCGGUCUCUGGAGAGGCUGGGAACAAUGUCGAGGCGGAGCCAACUGAGCCCGCCGUGGAAGAAUCGCAGGGCCAUAGGCCAUAG